AUGGCAUUGGCGUCAUUUCUCAGGCCCGUAGAUAGCCCGCGGGCAACCUCAUUUGCGAUUGGCAAUGCAACAACAUGUUCCAUAUCAGGUUUCAUGACAACCGCGGCUCACUCGGGGACAUUCUAUACGUGCAUGCUGAGCUAUUACUUCUUGUUCACUGCGAGAUUUGGACUGAAGAACUCCUUCAUUGCUCGAAGGAUUGAGCCAGUGAUGCACUGCAUCGCACUUGGCUACCCCAUCGUCUCCGCAAUAGUAGGCGCCUAUUACGAUGCGUAUGCGGAUACUGCUACUUAUUUUGGAUGCUUCGUAAACUGUCCACCAGGGAAAAACAAGGAAGACUGCAUUGCUACAACUUUGGGAUGGAUCUUCUAUGGAUGGCCAUUCCUCUUUGUGCUGGCUUCUUUGAUUGUGAACAACCUAUUGAUUUGGUUCUUAGUACAUGGGCACUCAGUGACAUUGCGGAAAAAGAGCACUUCUCGUCAAAUUCAUGGAUCAAGCCACGGAUCUUCGGCCGUCAAAAGCAGUUUGGAUGUUGAUGAUUCCUUUCAUAUCGAUAGCAUGGGAGUUGAAAAUACUGCCCAUGGCCAGGAAACUACCGCCCCAUCAUCAUCGGACAACGCGAAAAAAGAAAAUAUGCAAACCCCAGAUGCUCCAAAGGACAAUCAGCUCAGAAGACUUCAACUUGUCAAGUCUCAGGCCUUUUUGUUUGUGGGUAGUUAUGCCCUUGCUGCCAUGUGGGGAGGAUUCAUGGCCGUUGGCGAACAACAAGCCGUGACAGAAGAUGAGGAACUAUCCCUUUUGGUAAAAAUGUAUCCCAUCAUGGUCCUGAAUGCCGUCUUCGCCCCAAUGCAAGGGUUCUUCAACAUGUUAGUAUAUGCCCGUCCCAAAUACUUGACAACACGUCACCAAUUUCGAGACCAAUCUCGUUGGUGGGCGAUGAAGCGUGCUAUACUCGGAGGUAGGACGUCGAGGAAACCUAAGAUUCCAAAACGAUCCGCACCAGAUAUGAAGGAGGUUCCCAAGAGCCUAUCGGCGAAGGAUGGAGUAAAACCAGAAAGUGAGGCUGUGCAAAACAAAACAGUGUCAUUAAAACGUGAUGCUCUAUCGACCUUGACUGCCAGCCGGGGUGACUUUAGCGACGAGGCGUCAUACUAUGAAAACCUUAAUGAUGAAGAAAAGGAUAGAUGGGGAAGCAAUCGUCACGACACAUGUGCUCCAAUGAAGCAAGCGCCACGGUACUACUCCAGCUUACAAGAAAGGGAUUCGAGCCUUGGAAUCAUCAGCGAAAUGACCGAGACGCAGUUUGAUCCAAUCAUUGACCAUUCGCAUGAAAUGAAAUUGGAAGGUGACCACAGAUUUAGAGCACAACAAGGAGAUUCCAUUCCUGCUUUCUCACGAUCUACACCUAUCUACAGUCCGUCCACUGUUGAUAGUAGAUGGAGCCCCAAAUCAGUAGAGCAAGGCAAAUUACUCGCAAGUGUCGAUUUGAUGAUGCCACAAAGAGUAUCAAGCACUUCAGAAAUGCAUUGCAUCAAUGACCAACUGGCAGGGCCAUCGAUCGAUACACCUCUUCAAACUCCCAUGCGAACCUCAAGUCUUGUGGAACCCAAGUCCGAGAUCGAUGACGACGAGGCAGAUGUAUCACUGCAACACUCGCCUCUUCCUCCACCAGCACCACAGGCUAGCGUACUUGAAGGAACGUCCUCAGAUAGAACGUUGCGUCCUCCAGCAAGACGAUUGAGCCCCCCUCGACUAUAG